AUGUACAAAGCAUUGUACGGUUUGCGUCAAGCACCUAGAGCCUGGAACUCAAAGCUGGACAAGUCAUUGAGGACACUCGGUUUUGACAGGUGUUCUUUAGAGCAUGCCGUGUACAUGAGAAAUCAAGGUAAAGGGAAUUUAAUUGUUGGAGUCUACGUGGAUGAUUUAAUAAUCACUGGAGAGUGUAUUCAAGACAUAGACAAGUUCAAAUCACAGAUGAAGAAAUUGUUUAGCAUGAGUGACCUUGGGUUACUAAGUUACUAUCUGGGAAUUGAAGUUUGUCAGAAUUCUCAAAGGAUCACACUCAACCAGUCGGCAUAUGCAAGAAAGGUUUUAGACAAAUGUGGUAUGAAAGAUUGCAACCCUUCACAAAUCCCGAUGGAACCUCGUCUGAAAUUGAGCAAGGAAAGCACAAGUCCACCUGUAGACACAACUCUGUAUCGAAGUAUUGUUGGCAGUUUAAGAUAUCUAUUGCACACACGCCCAAAUUUGGCAUUCUCUGUCGGCAUGGUGAGUAGAUACAUGGAGAAGCCCACAGCGGAGCACAUGGCCGCAGUAAAGCACAUAUUGCGGUAUGUGAAAGGAACUUUAAACCUCGGUUGCGUUUAUGAGAAAAAUGAAGGAAGCUUGGAGCUGAUCGGUUACUCUGAUAGUGAUCUAGCUGGUGAUACUAAUGACAGGAAAAGCACCUCAGGUUUAAUAUUUUUCCUUGGGUCUUAUCCUAUUAGUUGGUGUUCACAAAAACAGAAAGUGGUUGCGUUAUCUUCCUGUGAAGCAUCGCUGCCUGUGCAGCAGUGUGUCAAGAAGCGUGGCUGGGACGACUAUUGGCAGAUUUGUUAA